AUGAACGGAGCGGGAUUCCUAGAGGGAACCGGAAAGGAAGGCGGAGCCGGAAGCCCCGCCCUCCGCGUCUCUUCCUGCGACCCUUCCGGUCCAGUGUAUUUUGAAGAUGUAGCUACUUGUUUCACAGAUGAGGAGUGGGCGUUGCUGGAUCCUGACCAGAGAGCUCUGCCUAAGGAAGUCAUGGAGGAGAAUCGGGGGAUCUUGGGCUUUCUUGAAGGUGAUGAAUUGGAAAUUAAGAAGGGAGGCUACCACAAAAUCGGCACAGUGGAGAAGCCAUAUCAACACUUGGAGUGUGGAGCGAACUUCAAGCAGAACUCCCAUUUCACUUCCCAACAAAGAAAUCCUACUGGGGAGAAGCCCUAUCAGUGCUUGGAAUGUGGGGAAAGCUUCAGCCAAAAGAAGACUCUCACUUCCCAUCAAAGAAUUCAUACAGGAGAGAAACAUUAUCAGUGCUUGGAAUGUGGAAAGAGCUUUAAAAGUAGCGGAAACCUCCGCCAACAUCAGAAAGUUCACAGUGGGGAAAAACCUCACCAGUGCUUGGAAUGUGGAAAGAGCUUAAGUAGUAAAGAAAGGCUCUCUUCCCAUCAAAGAAUUCAUACAGGGGAGAAGCCUUAUCAGUGCUUGGAAUGUGGAAAGAGCUUCCGUGCGAGGAGCAAUCUCAUGGCCCAUCAAAGAAUUCAUACAGGGGAGAAGCCUUAUCAGUGCUUGGAAUGUGGAAAGAGCUUUAAAAGUAGCAGAAACCUCCGAGAACACCAGAAAGUUCACAGUGGGGAAAAACCAUAUCAGUGCUUGGAAUGUGGAAAGAGCUUCCGUUACAGGAGCCAUCUUAGAACCCAUCAGAUAACUCAUACAGGGGAGAAGCCCUAUCAGUGCUUGGAAUGUGGAAAGAGCUUAAGUAGUAAAGAAAGGCUCUCUUCCCAUCAAAGAAUUCAUACAGGGGAGAAGCCUUAUCAGUGCUUGGAAUGUGGAAAUAGCUUCCGUGCGAAGACCAAUCUUGAGAUCCAUCAAAGAAUUCAUACAGGGGAGGAGCCAUAUCAAUGCUUGGAAUGUGGAAAGGGCUUUAAAAGUAGUGGAAACCUCCGAGAACACCAGAAAGUUCACAGUGGGGAAAAACCAUAUCAGUGCUUGGAAUGUGGAAAGAGCUUCAGUUACAGCAGCUACUUAACUUCCCACCUAAGAAUUCAUACAGGGGAGAAACCAUAUCAGUGCUCAGAAUGUGGAAAGAGCUUCCCACAGCGGUCCAAUCUUACAAGCCACCAGAGAAUUCAUACAGUGGGGAAGCCAUAUCAUUGCUUGGCAUGUGGGAAGGGCUUCCGUGUGAGGUCCACUCUCACAGCCCAUCAAAGAAUUCAUACAGGAGAAAAACCAUAUCGGUGCUCAGAAUGUGGGAAGAGCUUUAACGCAAGCGCAAACUUCUAUCGGCAUCAGAAAAUUCACCGUGGGGAGAAACCACAUCAGUGCUUGGAAUGUGGAAAGAGCUUCAGUCAUAGGUCCACUCUCAUGGCCCAUCAAGUAAUUCAUACAGGGGAGAAACCAUAUCAGUGCUUGGAAUGUGGAAAGAGCUUCAGUCAGAAGUCCAAUCUCUCAGCCCAUCAAAGAAUUCAUACUGGAGAUAAACCAUAUCAGUGCUUUGAAUGUGGAAAGAGCUUUAACACAAGCACAAACCUCCAUAGUCAUCAAAGUAUUCACCGUGGGGAGAAACCAUUUCAGUGCCAAGAGUGUGGAAAGAGCUUCACGUGGAAGGAGAGUCUCACUUCUCAUCAAAGAAUUCAUACAGGGGAGAAACCAUUUCAGUGCUUGGAAUGUGGAAAGAGCUUCAGUAAGAGGGCCAAACUCACAGCCCAUCAAAGAAUUCAUACAAGGGAGAAAUCGCAUCAGUGUUCAGAAUGUGGAAAGCGCUUCUGUCAGAAAGACAAACUCACAGCCCAUCAAAGAAUUCAUGCAGGAGAAAAACCAUUUCAGUGCUUGGAAUGUGGAAAGAGCUUCAGUCAGAGGUCCAAUCUCACAGUCCAUGAAAGAAUUCAUACAGGGGGGAAACUAUAGGUAAAAGGUUGUUGUUGUUUUACAUCUUUAUUGGUUUUUCUAUUGAUUUACAACCACCCUUUUCAUACACGUCAACAUUCACUAUAAACAAUUGAAAUCUCUCAACAUUCCACCAUUGAACAUGUAAAGGUAAAGGGACCCCUGACCAUUAGGUCCAGUUGUGACCGACUCUGGGGUUGUGGCGCUCAUCUCGCGUUAUUGGCCGAGGGAGCUGGCGUACAGCUUCCAGGUCAUGUGGCCAGCAUGACAAAGCCGCUUCUGGUGAACCAGAGCAGCACACGGAAAUGCCGUUUACCUAUUUAUCUACUUGCACUUUGACAUGCUUUCGAACUGCUAGGUGGGCAGGAGCUGGGACCGAGCAACGGAAGCUCACCCCAUCAUGGGGAUUCAAACAGCCAACUUUCUGAUCGACAAGCCCUAGGCUCUGUGGUUUAACCCACAGCGCCACCCGCAUCUCUAUAUUGAACAUGUAUGCAUAAACAAAAAAUAAAAUAAAAAUUAUGUUACUUAUCUACUUAUGUUGUUACUUUGUUUGCACUGGACUUCCUUCCACCUCUUCCUAGGGUCCAUAGAAUUCUUUGUUGUAUGCCUUUCCAGUUGUAUCUAAUCUUUUAUUUACCAUCGUUUCCACUGUUUCUACUGGUUAUCUUUACAAGAGUCAAUCUAGCCCAGUCAAAAAUUUUAAAUCACUGCAGUAAUCUUUCAGAUAUUUUAAAAAAUUACUCCAAUUGCUCUUAACUUUUUGGUACUCUUGGUCUCUUAACUGCCCUGUCAGCUUAUCCAUCUCUGCAUAUUCCAUCAGUUUCGCUCUUUGUUGGAAUUUGGUCUCCUUUCCAGUUUUGUGCUGUCAAUACUCUUGCUGCCGUGGUGGCUUACAUAAAUAACUUCUUCAGAUCUUUGGGGAAUCUCACCCUCAAUGAUUCCUAGAAGGAAAGCUUCUGGCUUUUUGGGAAACGAUAAUUUAAACAUCUUCUUUAACUCAUUGUAUCCCAUAAUUCUAUUUUUUUACAUCUCUACCAUGCAUGAUACAUUGUUCCUACUGCUGGUCUGAAUAGAGACAUUGGAUUCUUAUAAAUUAUACAUCUCACCCCUUGCUUUUUCCUGUAAGACCAAUUGCAGUUGUUAACAGUCGUCAACAGGCUUACCACACCUAUCAGCGAAUCACCCAUUCCCACCACCCUUCUGAGUAAUACCCCUCCCCACCCUCUCACUAAAUAUAAGGGCCUGGUGACUUUUGUUUCUGUGUAUCUGAAGAAGUGCAUGCACGUGAAAGCUCAUACCAAUGACAAACUUAGUCGGUCUCUAAGGUGCUACUGGAAGGAAUUUUUUAAUUUUGUUUCGACUAUGGCAGACCAGCACGGCUACCUACCUGGAACACCCUUAAUGUAAACGGACUGUGCUUGAAUGUACUGUCACUACUGGAGAGGGAGAACUUCAAUAUAAUGGUUUUGCAAGUUUUUAUU